AUGCUAGCAUUCUCUAGUUUGGGAAUGUCUAUCAUCCCUUUUGCAUCCAUCCGGUAUGGUCAGCAUAUUAGACAAAACAGCAAAUUCUGUCAGCACCUACAUCAACAGAAGGAAGCGGACCGUAAUUCUGAGGAGGAGGAAGAAGACAGAUCGCGAAAUUUUUCUGAUAGGUGCUGGCAGGGACGUGGAGAAAGGACAAACCACCAACACCCCAUCCCAGCACCCAAGCCCAAUCAGACGCUGGAUAUAGAUUUUAUUACCAGUGGCUACAACGAAGAAAUGGAACUUUACCCUCGCAUCAUCUUUCAAGACGUAUUCAUCUACGAUAACUAUAUAUUCCGGUUACUCUCCAAAACCUCCCAUCGACCAGACGAUCGAACCGAUCAUACAGCACCAGUCACAGUAGGUAUAUGA